UUUUUUUUUUCUUUUUUUUUCUUUUUUUUUCUUUUUUAGCCUCUCCAACUACGGAGUGCUUGCGAGCGAAGAUCAUUUCUGCGUCCUGCCCCCGCUGAAACAGCCCCCAGGUACGGAGUACACACGUGGUAUGUACGCUGCCAUGGUCCGCUGGAGCUCUAGCCUCAUCGCGCGCCUCACUCCUGGGAUCUGCGCGCCCGUCGAUCCGCUGCCCUUGUGUACCCCGCCCGAGGGGGAGCGAGGGCCCGGGGGGAGGGGAUCGACGCCUACGAUGAUAGGCAUCAGCGGUUAUCGUGUCGUUUUCGAGUCGUCAUACACUGGACGGUUUAGGCCAAGCUGGCUCUCUCUCUGUCCACGCUGCCGUGUUUGGCACUCUAUCAGACGAUGCCGUUGGCUUGCCUGCUUGGCUUCUUGACAAGUUUUCAACCCUCUGGCCUCCUUCACUAGAGAGUGAGCCUGCCGGUGAUGUCAAUAUCUGACUUCGUCCACAGUCCACACAUACGCUACACGUGUAUACA